AUGGAAUCUGCGGAGGAAAUGAUAGAAUCUACAGAAGAAGCAAUGGAAUCUGCGGAAGAAGAAUCUGGAUCUGUAGAAGGAGCAGGAGGAUCUAUGGAAAUAUCAGGAUCAGCGGAAGAAGAAGGAGGAUCUAUGGAAGCAUCGGGAUCUUCGGGAGAGGUACCAGCAUCUAAGACAAGAAUGCCGGGACCUGCGGAAAUAGAAUCGAGGUCUGAGGCAAGAAUUGGAGGAUCUGCGGAAAGAGCAUCGAGAUCUGAGGUAAGAAUGCCAGGAUCUGCGGGAAGAAGGUCGAGAUCUACACGAAGUGUAUCGAUAUCUGCAAGAGUAUUGCCAUCGAUACCAUCAGAAUAUCUCUGUUCAAUUUGCAAUAAUGUAACAUUGAACUCAUUGAGGUAUCCUAUUGGACUUUUGUGUAGCGUAAACUGUUAA